AUGCCCAGCCAGACACAAAUAUGCAAAUGGAUCAUUGCUGGGCAGAAUAUCACCCCGGAGUUGUUGUCGAUGCAUCCGGACAAUCCAGAUAUUGGCAAUUUGAAUAGGAUCACCUACGCCUAUAUCGCGCCAGCCAUCAUCUUUGUUGGUAUCAUCGGCGAUAUUCUUACGGUUGUCACCCUGACCCACCCGGCCCUCAGAAAAUCGUCGAUCAUCUACACAUACCUAACCCUCCUCGCCAUGACCGAUUUAUUGACCCAACUCUCCGUGGUGCCGAUGAUUCUUUGGUUGUUGGACGUGAAGGCUUGUUCACUUGGAUCGGCGUUAUUUUAUGCACAUAUUGGUUUUCCAUUGGCAAACGCAUUAAUGGGAGCUUCGGUGUGGAUCGUUGUUUUCCUGACGUUAAGUCAAUAUAUGGCCGUUUGCAGGCCAUUUUCUUAUGGAUUGCGGUCGAGAAAGGUCUGCAUCCUCCUUUUCGCCCUCGCAUACCUAUUCAACUUUUGCAUAUAUGCACCGUGGGCAACGAAAAAGCAAAUACAUGAGCUUGACAACUAUGAAGCGGUGAACCUAUGCCGAUGGCAAGUAUGUGACAACCAUAAACAACAAUGGUUUGUGGCAUACGAAUGGGUACGAGAGACGAUCAGCCGAGUAUUCCCCUUUUUCCUCGUCGCAUUCCUCAACGCUAGGAUAUUGAUAACAUAUCGAAAUAUGAAAGUUGACCGUCUGAAGCGAAUGGCAAAUUCACAAAAACGAUUUGUCUAUGAGAAAACUGCGCCCUUGACAGUUCUUGUAGCUGACAAUAAAUCAAAUAACGUAAAAUUCCAGAUUUUCCGAGCGGUUGUAAAUCUACUCGAAUUUACAAAAUUCGCGCUAAAUUUCUAUUUCUACUGCUUAAUCAACCCCGAUAUUCGCAGGAUAUGCGCGCACGUGAUAAUGUGCAGAAAAUUGAGCCGGCCGGCACGGGUCAAGGGCCAGCCGGUCACUCCUCUAUCACAAUAUACUAGGUCUACUAAAUCCACAAUAAGGAAUGGUUCUUCGAGGAGAAGCAGCUCCCGAGAUGACGUCCGAGAAUAUCGACGUAAUAGCUCGGCCAAACAACGCCAGGUCAUCCAAGCCGAGGCGCUAAUCGAAAAACUAACCGUCAUCAAAGAAGCAGAAAAUAGCGAAACUGAAAAUGGUGGUGAGAGGGUU